CCCACUGUUAGGAGAUCCUCAAUCUCCGCCACAUUCAGAUCUCAAUCAAAUACACCAUUUUUCUAAUUCCAUCAGCAAUAGAAUUUUCAUUCCCCACAAUUCAUGGCAUCAUUGAAAACACAAAUUAAUUUCUUAAGAAAACAUGCUACUGUUAUUGUUUUGUUACUGAUUGUGUUGUUAUCAUUAACAUGCAAAUUCAACCUAGUUUCAGCCUCUUCAGGAGGUGUCAUGGGAGGAAGUUUCUUCGACUCAGAUUCUUCCUCCUCAGAAUCACUCACAAGUGACUCCGACUCUCAACAUGUAAGGGAACAGCAUCAUAUGCAUGAUACACCUCCUCAUGAUGAUGAUGAACAUGCAAGUGGAAGAGGGCCAUUGUUGUUCUUCAUGGUCUUCAUAUUUGGUUUCUUUAUAAUUGGAUUUUGUAACAAAGAUACCAAUGGGAAUACAAUUACUGUGCUUAAGCUUCAGGUUGGAAUGUUGUGUGAGAUGGGAAACACAAUACAAAGGGAUCUAACUAGGAUUGCACAAGCUGCUAAUACAUCCUCUAAGGAAGGUGUCACCCAUUUAUUGACAGAGACAAUACAAACUUUGGAUCAACAUCAUGGUUACUGUUUUGCAGCAUAUUCAUCUGUGGAUCUUAAACGGAGCAAGGAGGAUGGAGAAAAAUGGUAUCACCAAGUAUCAAAUGAAGAAAGGGCAAAAUUUGAUGAAGAGACAUUAGUUAACUUGAACAGCAAAGAUAAGACAAGUAUUAGAAGCCAGAGUUAUGAUAGGUUUAACAAUGAACACACCAUGUUGGAUGAGGAAACAGAGGAAUUUGAAAAUGAGAAACUUCUCAGUGGGGUUGACAACAAGUACACAGUGAUAAUAAUAUUGGUAGCUGUAAAAGGAGCACAUAAGCUACCUAACAUCAAUGGAGCUGAAGAUUUAAAGGAAGCAUUACAAAAGCUUAAAUCCCUUCUAUCGAGCAAAUUAUUAGCUGGUGAGGUGUUAUGGACCCCACAAAAAGAGGACGACACCCUUUCAGAUCGAAAAAUACUUCAAGACUAUCCUCAGCUAGCUAAGUCUAUGAAAAUAUUUCUAGUUAAGAAACGUGAAUAAAACAAGUGAUAAUGCUUGGUUAAUUGUGAUUUACUUUUGUAUUAAAUUGUUUUCCUAACAGUUGGAUUUAUCUUUGUAAAAAAAUAUAGUUUGAUUUACGUGUGAAGUGUGAAGUUUUUAAAUGCUCAUUAAAUGUAAGGCUUAAUUCUAUAUUUGGUCUUAUUAGAUUAUUUUGGAUUUCAAUGACUA